GGGUACCACUACAGAGUCCAUCAGUCGACUCCUCACAGUCUCAAGGAAAGCAAGGACGAAAAUCUCAUCCAUCAAACAUGAAGGUCCUCGUUGUUUUGGCUGCUUGCGCUGUUUUCGCCGGAGCUUUUGGCGCUACUAGAAUUCGCGAUGGCUACGAGGAUCCCGUCUUUGAAAUUCGAGACGACAUCAAGCAAGACGGCGAUAACGCCGAGACGGUCGACGCCACGGACGAUCUCUCCCCAAUCAAGGAGUCUUCAGACGAUCCGACAGAGCUCGUACAGCUUUCUUACAGAGUUCGUCGCUUCUCCUGCGACGUCCUGUCCUUCCAGAGCAAGUGGGUCUCGCCGAAUCACUCGGCCUGUGCCGUCAGGUGUCUAGCCCAGCGUCGCAAGGGAGGAAAGUGCAAGAACGGAGACUGCGUCUGCCGAUAAGGAUCUCGAGUUGUUUUAUGAAGGAGGCUGGAUUCUUGAAGUGCAUUUAUUUAUUUUUUGGCUGAUCUUUUGUCUAUACAAUACUCGCCUGGACUCAUGUAAUUUAGGAUUGUUAUAUAAACACGUUAUGAAUAAAAUUUUAUACACGUUUACAAUGUAA